UUUGUUGUAGAACUCGCCCCGGGAAGAGUCUGUGUGCUCCCCUCCCCCACCGAGGAGCAGGGGAGAAUGAAUCAGCCCAGAGGAGAUAAGAAGAAGAAGAACCCAGGACUGCCCAAACUUAAAGUUUUCGAAGAACCAAAGACCAGCCCACCCACGCCACCUCGGGACUUGGACUCCAGGGCAUGCGUUCUAAUAGGAGAGAAGAACUUUGAAGUAAAAGCAGAUGACCUGUUACCGAUCGAGGAGCUGGGCCGCGGGGCGUACGGCGUGGUGGAGAAGAUGCGCCAUGUGCCCAGUGAACAGAUCAUGGCAGUGAAGCGUAUUCGAGCCACUGUGAACAGCCAGGAACAGAAGCGACUGCUGAUGGACCUCGAUAUCUCAAUGCGCACAGUUGAUUGUCCCUUCACUGUCACGUUCUAUGGAGCAUUAUUCCGAGAGGGUGAUGUGUGGAUCUGUAUGGAGCUGAUGGACACGUCACUGGACAAGUUCUACAAACACGUCAUAGACAAAGACUUGACCAUCCCGGAGGACAUUCUGGGCAAAAUAGCCGUUUCUAUUGUUAGAGCAUUAGAACAUCUACAUAGUAAACUCUCUGUCAUUCAUAGAGAUGUAAAACCUUCUAAUGUGCUCAUCAACAAGCAGGGCCAGGUGAAGAUGUGCGACUUCGGGAUCAGCGGAUAUUUAGUCGAUUCUGUAGCCAAAACAAUGGACGCUGGCUGCAAGCCGUACAUGGCUCCGGAAAGGAUAAACCCCGAGCUGAACCAGAAAGGAUACAGUGUGAAGUCUGAUAUUUGGAGCCUUGGAAUCACUAUGAUCGAGCUCGCUAUCCUGCGGUUCCCGUACGACUCGUGGGGGACUCCGUUCCAGCAGCUGAAGCAGGUGGUCGAGGAGCCGUCGCCACAGUUGCCUGCAGAAAAGUUCUCCGCCGAUUUCGUCGAUUUUACCUCAAAAUGCUUGAAGAAGAAUUCCAAAGAGCGUCCAACUUACGCAGAGCUUAUGCAACACCCGUUUUUCACGCUGCACGAAUCGAAGAACACUGACGUGGCGUCCUUCGUCAAACUCAUUCUGGGAGAAUAA